UCCUCCUCCCCUCGCUGGCUCUCUUCAGUAUGAUAUGUUUAUAGGCAUUGGCUGAGGGAGAGCGAGCAUUAUAGCUGCUCCUGCUUGACAAGGAAAGGAAGAGGAGAGGGCGCUGGACGUCAUGGCAUCCAAAGACACCGUUGCGACUGCUUUUCUUACCGUGAGUCGGGAAAUGACAGAGAGCAUCAGACGAGUUAUCGACAAGACAUCAAUCAAGUUGGUGAGAGCUAUCAAAGUAGAGAACAAGAGUGGUAAAUCAGAAGAUCGGAUUCUGGUUUUGGCAACAUGGCGGCUGUACCUCAUGGCCCCCAAGAUACCAACCAAGGUGGAACAAACGUUCAACUUCCUGGAGAUUCGGGCAAUGAACACCCACCCGGAUAAUCAAGUUGUCAUAGAAACAGACAAGUCCACAUAUUCCCUGAGGCUGCAGUCUAAUGACCACCUGGAUCAGCUGAUUAGCCACAUCAACUUUGCUCUCUCUCGGAUCUUCAACAACUCCAUCUACACCCCCUCCAUCUUUCACGCAGAUGGAGAUGUUACUGACGGAAAUCGAAAAUUUUCUCCCAGCUCUGAGAGUUCAGUGGAGACGCAAAGGGCAUGUGGGGGCUUUUCUGAGACAUAUGCAGCUCUGUGCGAUUACAAUGGCAUUACCUGUAAAGAGGAAGUGCAGUGGGAUGUGGAUACCAUCUAUCAUUCGCAGGACAACAGGGAGUUUAGCCUGUUGGACUUCAGUCACCUGGAAAGCGGGGACCUUGCGGUGAUUGUGGCGGCCAUGGCGUAUAACUCUUGGUUCACCAAACUUUAUUGCAAAGACUUGCGCAUUAGUUCAGAGGUCGUAGAACAGAUUCUGCACACUGUCAGUAAAUCCAGCAGUCUGGAGGAGCUCACGCUGGAAAAUGUGGGCCUUAAAGCAGAUUUCCCACAGAAAAUGGCCACUGCCCUGUCAGAAAACCCAGCAUCAGUCAUACACUCCAUUAACUUGGCCCACAAUACACUGGACAACCAAGGGGUGUCUAACCUUAUCCAGCAGGUGUGUCGGCUCAGUAAAGGCUUGCGUCUACUGAACCUCUCUAAGACGUCGCUGUCUUCAAAGGGUGUCACAUCUCUUUCUCAGGCCCUGUGCUCCAGUGAUGACUACUCCAACUCUCUUCUUCAUCUGGACCUGAGUAAGAACCCAGGGAUUCUGUCUGGAGAAGAUGCAACGAAUCUGUACCUGUUCCUGGCACAGCCGAACUGCCUGGUGCAUUUGGACCUGUCAGGCACCGACUGUACCGUAGACUCUUUAUUUGGAGCUCUACUGCGAGGCUGCUGUGCCGAUCUCUCCUACUUGAACCUGUCCAAAAACUCCUUCUCUCACAGGAAAGUGAGAGAGACACUUCCUUCGUUCCGCCAGUUUUUCAGUUCAGCAUUCAGCCUCACACACAUCAGUCUGGCAUCUAUGAAGAUGCCUCCCGACGUGCUGAGGGCUCUGUUCCUUGGGCUUUCAUCCAAUCCUCACAUCACUGACCUACACCUGGACAUCAGCGGCUGUGAGCUCAGGUCUGCUGGAGCAGGGAUAAUACAGGACCUGUUCCCCAGAGUCUCCUGCAUCAGCACACUGGACAUCUCAGACAACGGGCUGGAUGCUGAUCUCCUCUGUGUCAUUCCUGCCUUCUCCAGACACCCUUCCCUCAAACACCUGCUGCUGGGCAAGAACUUUAACAUCAAGGGCAGGGUUCUGGACGAGGUUCUGCAGAAACUAGUGCAUCUGGUGCAAGAGGAAGAGUGUGCCCUGCAGAGCUUGUCUCUGGCUGACUCCAGGCUGCGUUCGAGGGGCACGGUGCUCGUGAACGCCCUCGGCAGCAAUGCCUGCCUGAAGAAGGUGGACUUGAGCGGGAAUGGACUCGAUGACACAGGAGCAAGGAUGCUCAGUAAAGCUUUGCAGAUCAACACCACACUCAGGAGUGUGACGUGGGAUCGGAAUAACACAAGUGCUACGGGUUUCCAAGAUGUGGCUCGAGCCCUAGAACAUAACUUCACUCUGCAGUACAUGCCUAUCCCACUCAGUGAUGUCACACAGGCGUACCGUAGCGCCCCUGAAAGGACAGAACAGGCACUAACCAAGAUCCAGCGGGCUUUGUUAAGGAAUAACCAGACUCAGCGUUUCUCUCAGAAACAGGCUCUUCGGUUGCAUCAGGGCCUGGUCACUAGUACCGCAGAACAGGUGAUGGAGCGUCUGUGUGUGCGCGUGCAGCAGCAGGUGUGUGUGUUGAGAGGAACAGGUGAAGGGGAAGAGCUACAGGCUGCCAGACAGGUCCUCAAGGAAGCCAGGAACUCUCGAGCUCUGUACCCCUCGCUGUGUGAACUGGCCCACGUGCUGUCAGUGGACGGUCCGGUGAGACAGAGGCUGGACUCCCUGGCUGGAGAACUCGCCAAAGCAGCUGAUAAAGAACUACAGGUCAUUGUGGACUCCAUGGUGUCUCUGUGCCGGGAGCUGUGUCCGCUUUCUUGUGCCGCAGCGGAGUGUCUGUCUCCACCCCUCUCCUCCAUCUCUGAGCGCGUGUCCAUCCCUCGUUCGUCCAUUCGCACCGCUCUGAUGGAGAGAGCAGCUCAGGACAUCAACAGAGCUCUGGAGGAGGUGAAGCUAUCUGUGGUCUCGUAUCUCACUAACUCCAUAGUGGACCAGAUCCUACAGGAGCUAUAUGCCACACACAAAACCCUGGUACUAGAAACAGAUUUCUCUCUCCAUUCGUCUGUUCAUUCUGAACACGUGCACAAGCAUCGCUCUUCCUCACGCAUCUGUUCGUCAUCACAGCUCCGGCAGGUUUCACAGAUGAGACGGCUGGAAGACGGGGGAACAGCCAGGCGCACACACAGACACGCUGACAUACUGGAUGUUGUGGAGGAUGACUUUGGCAUCAGCAUACGGUCUUGUCAUCUGCUCAGUUCUCGAUGUUCUCACUCACUUCUGUCGCUCUGCACACAGGACACAAUUGCCAUUAAGAAACGCAGCUCCAGGACCAGACGCAUUCGUCCCGUGUCCAACAGACUCAGUCUAGGUGAUGACCCCAACUCUUCACCUUUAGUGUCCACUCCUCAGACAUCUGCUCCCCUUUCACGCUCAGCAUCAUGGGAAGGUCUGUCCACCCUUCCCACACAGGGUUCACCUCUGCGUCAUGUGACCCACGUCAGACCGCGUCCACCACGAAGACACAGGACUGCACACGCUCCCUUUGAGACACACUGCUCGGAGAAUGGUGGAGUAUCUCUAUUGGAUGAUGGACUGCCUGACUUCUACACCAAGAGAGUUUUACCAGACAGUCAGCUGUCAUCCCACCAUCACGCUCAGGCUCUGAGGAGGAAGAAAAGACGCAGUGUGCUGUCAAUCUUUUCCGGAUUCAGGAAGAACCGAAACUCUACCAUAUCAUAUCAGGAGUCAGACCCUACAGGAAGGGGCGGGGCCUGCGGGGAGGAAUGUCGCACUAAUAUUGCCACUGAGAAUGUGUACUCGUUGAUUCAACACCCGAAGGAUCGUGGGAGGUUAGACGUAGGCACUGAGGGCACCAAUGGGAGGCUAGUAGGGCCAGGUGUUCAGAGGACUCCUCAGCUGUCAGGACGGCCCAUUCAUGGUAUACCCCUGCCAGGAAUGAUGGGACUUAGCCCCUCCUGCUUCUCACAGAGACAGUCGCCUGAUUACAGUGAGGUGUUCGGCUCAUCAGAAGAGAUUGGAUAUGGAGAGCAUGAGAUGGAUCGGCAUUCAGAUAUCGUUGCUAAAGGGCACACGCCAUCUAUAGACAGACAGUCAGAAUCAGGAAGACAGGAAUCGCAGUCAGACAGCCAGAAAAAGGCAGACAGUAUAAUGGACCCUCAGCUGCUGGAAACCAGAAAAAGACCCGAGCCGCCGCCUCAGAGUACCAAGCCAAGCUUAGCUAAGACACGACAACGCCAUCUGGAGGAGAGCUCUGAUAAAUCUACUGAAGAUUCUGGAGAACUGAGGGAGAAGGAUGAGGAAAAAGAGGACAGGAGAUGUGGAGAAGACCAUAAACCAGAAGGACAGUCUCCACCCAUCCCUGAAAAGCCAUGUUAUUAUUCACCUCACACGUCCCCCAUUGGCUCCUCACCACAAGACGUGGCCAAUGAGAAUCAGCCAUUAGCUGCUCCGCCCACCUCAGCUAAGCCUGUGUUUCAUUCUGCUUCAGUAGAUUCUGCUUUGCUUCAAGGCGAUGAAGUCAAAAACAGCCCUGGAGGUCCCAUGAAACCACAUCGAAACAGGAAAGCAAACUCAUGUGACACAGGAAUGGAGCAGGAUGCCCGCUGUGAUCUGGAGAGAUCCUCAGAUCGCAAACCCCCUGUGAAAAAACCUAGACUCCCUCCGAAACGAAAUAAGUCCUUGGAUUUCCCUGGUCAUCAGAGUUCGGAGCCAAGCAACGCUGAAGCAUCAUGACAACCGUUUGAGCCAAAGCUCUGUGAAAACAGAGGGUCAUUGUGAUGCUGAGAGGAGAGAGAGGGAGAGAUAUGAUCAGAAGAUGAAUUUGCACCUUGAUGAAUUCAUAAAAACUCUUGCUUUCGGCUCUCAGACAAUUUCAUAGUCAUUUUACACACACAUAUUCAGCAUAUUCUUGCUUACUCAAGUGAGUUGUUUUGCUUCCCCUCCUGCUUUUACGUAACCAUCAUUCUUAACCUUCUGCCCCUAACUACAAUUCCUUUGUUUUACUCUCUCUCCAUCUCUCUCCCUCUGAGUCUUUUGACAAUCUUUGACAUAAAGAAACUUUUUGCAAUUUAUCUUUAAAACCAUAGAAUGAUAUUUUGUAAAGUAUAAUAUAUAAACAGAACCAAUAUUUGCACUAAUCAUCGCUUGAAUUCUCAUUCGGUUUAGUGGAUGUACCCCCCCCCCCAUGUCUAACAUUACCCAUGUGAAGUUUUGUAGUGUGCGACUAACUUAUUCUUAUAAUUUUCUGUCUACUCGAUCAAUAUCAUUAGCAGUAUUACUGUUGUCUUAAUCAGGCAUUGUUUAUGCAACUGGAUAAAUGUUUAAGAGUUUGCUGGCCCUAAAUGAGCUUUAUUUUCUACUAAAUGUGAUUGAAUGAAUAAAA